UUAUCAUGGCUACGGCGUUCAUAUUUUCGAUGGUUAAGCUCUUGCGUCGGACGGCUGCAGCCGAAGAAUCGAUCCAAGCAAGGAACGAAGCUUGGUGCCUUCGAGUCCUUUUAUCAUCCAAACCGAGUAGCCGUAUCACAUGUCGAUCAUCGGCCCUCACAUUAACGAUUUCCCGCAGUCUUACUCACCGCCAUGGUCGUUUAACUGGGUAGAAUCUAUGCUUUUAGCACCUUCAGCGACGGUGCGUCGUUGCGGGCCAAAGCAAGAGGGUUGGGGCUCACUGUGAUAUGGUAGAGGAAACGAAGCCAUUGAUUGGCCUAGUGCUUAGUUAUAUCUAUUUACGUCAACACGCAUAUACAAGGGAGACUGACACGGAAAGAGACCAAAUAUCAGCGCCAUUAAGGCGCUGAUGGAGUUCUCAUUUCAGUUGUUGCCACUUCCUUAUCUGCGACUUCUAAGGGGCGUUAUUUGUCGAGAUCAAGGAGAACUGCGAAUAUGUCAAGGUUUAUUGGAGGUUCUUUACAAACAUGAACGCACUGUCCGUGAGGAGUGGUCGCCUUGUCGAGUCUUUGGCGGCCUGCAGGUAGCCAAUGUAGCGUACGAGACUGGAUCUCGAAUUCUGAACAAUGUCCUUCAGUAUGACGUACUCGUGGAAAGCAUACGAAACCUGGUUGAAUUUAUCAACCUAUUCACAUCGCUGAAUGCCUUCGACGUCACGGUCGAGAUUUCGGUUCAGGUGAAAAACUUCAUUGAAGCAUUGUCCGGUGUGGCAAAUUCGAUCGAGAUAGCAAACGGGCUGUCGCGGUUUCCCUGGGAGGUGAUUGCCGAAGAGCUUGUUAUGAAGGCGCGUAGUAGAAGUUCGGACGAGCCUCAACUAAAUACUUUUACCAUUGACGACAUUCCAAAAUUGGAAGACAUAACACGAGUACGAUUUUUAAGAAGGGAUCCUGGCAGUUCGUGCAAAAGAUACGCAGGCCUGCGGGCCAGCACCGACGAAAAGCUUCUUAUACGACUAAAACAGCGUAACGUGAAAUAUUCCGAAGAGAAAGCAAUAGCCUCGGUCAUGUUCGGAAUGCCUUGUGUUGAGUACGUCUCGUUUUUCUGCACGCAACAAGCACACGUGUUCCUGCAGCGGGGUCCUGAGGGUCCUCUUCUAUCAGACCUCUUCUCUCCGAAAAGUAAAUUUCGUUGUUCAGAGCUGCUGGAAGCUGUGAACGCCUUGGUCAAUGCUGUGAGCGCACUACACGCUCUAGGAGUGAUCCACAGAGACGUCAGGCCCGACAGCGUGUACUAUCACAACAAUAAUAUCAGGUUCGCGAACGUAGAACAUGCAAGGGUCUGUAUUGGCAAUUACAUACGCAACAAGGAAUGGAUCUCGACGUUUUUUGUUCGUACAUCAAUGGAAUUCUACACAGAAGAUUACAACAGAUGGUCACUAUUGUCCCGGCGAGAGUUUCAGGCGCCAGAGAUUUUGAGCGGUAGGGCGUACGGCAGAGCAGUUGACUGGUGGGCUGUGGGCGUCAGCCUAUUCAAAAUGGCCUGCGGUCACCUACCAUUUCGAGAAGGGAACGAAUCUACAAUUUUAAGACAACGUAUUCUUAGCGACGAGGUAAAAUGGGAGCCGAGAUUCCGACGAAGGAAAACGCAGUUUAGAGACUUCGUAUUAGGAUUACUCAUGAAAGAUCCCACGCAACGGCUUGGGUCGAAAGAUUAUAGGGAAAUUCUAUAUCACAAGGUAUUCAAGCUGCGAAAAAGCAAAAGCCGCAACCUCAGGAAGUCGAAAAAAGAGGACUACAAACCAUUCGAUGAGCAAGCCAGUGUUCGUAGCGAAAAGGAAACCCGACUCAGGGAGCUCAAAGAAGUAGGAUCAUUGGUAAUGGUUCCGCGAGAAACGUUUGUGUCACUGCAGUGGAGAGGACAAUCAGUAGAGGAAGUGUCCGAUUCUUCAAGUGUAAGUUCUGAUCAAAGGAAAGAUCGGUUCCCUGAGAGUGGCCAACUUUGGUAUCCAGAUCAACGUGUGGCAAGUCAGGACGUCGAUAGCGGUGACUCUAAAUGUACGCCUGUUCCAGACAAAAGUAGAAGAAAGCGAAGUGGGAAAGAGAAAGGGAGUUCUACCGUCGGCGAAAUUGCCACAUUGCUUUCCGUCGGGACCCCUGAUGCACGAACAUGUCCACUGUCCAUAUCUAUGAAGCCAGACCAUCAGCUGUUUUGCAACCGUGCGCCUACCAACGCCGGAUAG